GCAGAGAUUUUUCUUGAAAUAGCGCUAGAGAAAAAAGGUGUGUAAACGCGGUCCCACCUUCCCGCAUGAGAACAAACAAACAAACAAAACAACUUCGUAGCCAUAUGAUUUGUCCCUUAUAGUGUUACUUAGAAAUGUAGAGUUUAAAAAAGUUACUUAUACUUUUCUUCAAGGAAGGGCUGCUCUUCUUAUCCAACAACGAAUAUUUAUAUUCACAUUGAGCAUGUAGCUCAGUCAGCUACCUUCCUCCGCGGAGCUCCUCGCUCUAGUUGCUACGACCAUUUUUUCUAGACCAUUAAUAUUAUGGCCACCCUAGAGUGGCGCAACCUGACCGUCUCCCUGAAAGGGCCACGACACGACACGGAGCCGCAUUUUUGCCUGAAAAAUGCCUCCGGCCAGGUGCGGGCGGGGGAGACGCUGGCGAUUAUGGGCCCAAGUGGAAGCGGGAAAACCACCUUGAUCUCGAUUCUCUCCGGUCUGUUCAAAAAGUUGAACAAUGUGGAUGCGUCGGGAGAGAUCCGGGUCUCGUCCCCGUCCAGCGCUUCGACGCCGGCCAGCGCAGUGCAGCACCCAAGCAGGACGGGAGAGGAGAUAGUCGAGGGUAAGCACAAAGUCACAGACAAUGACCACGACGACACCUCCACCAGUAGUAGAAUUUCGGCCUCCCGGUCAUCUUCUAGCCGCAAACAGACCUCCAAGCGGCGUUCGUCUGCCUUCAAACUCGGCGGGAUUGACACGUUUGAGGAUUGGACGCCGGUUGAGUUGCACGCGAUGUCGAAGAACGUUCGGCGUAUGGGAAUUGUGGAGCAGUUGGACGUGUUUUCGAGUAGUUUGACCGUGUGUGAGCAUUUGAUGUUCCACGCGAAACUUUGCUUGCACGAUGUUCCGGACGAGGAGAAGGAAAGCCGCGUGCUCUACGUGAUGGAGCGGUUAAAACUAAACCACAGGAGAAACACCCGCGUGCUGUCGCUUUCCGGCGGGGAGAAGAAGCGGGUUUCCAUUGCGGAGGAGUUGUUACACGAGCCGGAUAUUCUGUUCCUCGAUGAACCAACCUCCAUGCUGGACAGUACCAUGGCACGGGAAGUCAUGUCGGUUUUGUUUGAUCCGUGCCACGUGAAAGACGUGACGACAAACAUCUACGAACACGGCUCCUUGCCAGAGGACAAUCUGCAAGGAUCAUGGGCAGCUUCAGGAGAGCAGGGCUUCUAUGCAGCUGCGGGAGAUGAUUUUUUAGGUUUUGGGGAAGACGAGGCAAAUGAUCCUGAGAUAGGCCGUGAUAACUACGAGGACGAGAGGCUCUUUCACGAGUCACAUUUUUCCUUUCGAGCAGAUGGCGCAGAAGCCGACAUAAUAAGCGAUGUACAGAAUGAGUCUGACACUGCAACUGCUGCAGGCGUGCAGAUAGACGCCAGUGCUGCAGCUGGUGCAGCUCCCGCGCCGCGCGAUAUGCAGUAUCAUGAUCACCGAAAUUCCUAUCAGCUGCGCAACCGGCGGGCGACUAGUAUGGGCAAGAGUUUGGACGCCAAGUGGUUUCUGGAAAUGGAAGAACAGGAGGCGAUGAAGAUGCGGAAAACAAGAAUCCUCGCCAACAAAGAUCAGCGUCGGAAGUUUCAGACGGGAACUACUACACCAAAAAAUUAUAACUACACGAGCGACGAGCAGACGCAGAACGCGAACGUAAACUCUUCUGCUUCAUCGCCGUUCCAAAGAAGGAAAAAAACCACGAUUAUCUUCACGGUACACCAGCCUUCGUGCUUGCUCUACAGCUGGUUCACGGAUGUUAUGUUUCUGGCGCGAGGCCGGGUAGUGUACUCCGGGAAGGGCAGCGAGGCCGUGGCCAGCUUGGAGCAGGCGCUCGGGGUUCUGGUCAAGAAGUGCAAAGUCGGAUACAGUGCACCCGAAUUCAUUCUGGACACGAUCAGCAAUGAGAAGUGUGUCGAAAAGAUCCUCGCUUACAAUGAUACUCGUGCGGCCAGCACCAGAGUAGAGAAUGAGCAGAAUAUGAAAAGUAGGCUAACUGGCACGGCUAGUAGAGGAAGUACAACUUCUGCCACAACUUCAGGAGUGCGCUCACACCAAGAACAAACGAUUGCGGCCGCUGUGGGCACGUCAACUUAUUCAUCUGAAGCUGCUAGCACGACAAGAAGUACUGCGUCGAAGUUCGAACCACUGGAGAAGUACCCGCGCGCGAGUUGGUGCACGGAGUUUUCCGCCUUGUACAGCCGAAAUUUCAUGGACCGGUGGCGGAACCCGAUCGAAAUGCGGAUCUGGAUCAUCGGGACGUCCAUUCUUUUGCUCAUUAUGUCGGUGAUCUACUGGCGGGUGGGCACGCUCCCGGACUCGCAGGGGGCGCGCCAGGCCGGGCUGAACCUGUUUUUGUCUUUGCCCAUGAUUCAGGAGACCUACCGCUACAUCUACGCCGUGAUUCUGCUCACCGGGCAGGUGGAGCGGGAGUACGGCGUGAAAAAACUGUAUCGGUUGUCCGCGUGGUUUGUCGCCCGGAGGACCGGAACACUGUUGUUCGACUGUACUACUCUUUGGUUGUGUUUUUCACGAUCGGCUUCUUUCCCCACGACUUAA